AUGCCAGAUAUCAGCCUCCAUCAGUCCCUCAAAGGCUACAUGCUUCGAGAGGUCUUAGUAGAGCAGGAACUGUUUGGUCAGUUUGAGCAUGUGCGAAACCUCUACAUCAAGCUCGAAGAAGAGUUAGAAGCUUGUAAGGUGGCCCAUGAGAUGGCCCUCCUGAAUUUGGCUGCCAAAGAGAAUGAGUUGGGGACCUGGAGAAGAGGAGAGGAAAAAUGGUGCCGGGAGGUGGAGAUGAGAGAUGUCAUGGUUAAGGGCAUGAAGGCUUCUAAUAGCAAGAAGCCGACCGAAAUCAACAAGCUCCAAGAAAACAUUGGUCAUCUCGAGUAUGAGCUCCGCGAGUGGGAUGAGAAGACGUGGUACGGGAGCCCCGAAGGCGACGGCAGCGACGGGGGGGCCUGCGGCUACGGCGAUCUCGUGGACGUUCGCCCCCUAAAGGCUCGCGUGGGCGCAGUGAGCCCGGUGCUGUUCAAGGACGGGGAAGGCUGUGGGGCCUGCUACAAGGUCAGGUGUGUGGACCCCGCAAUCUGCUCACGGCGGCCGUUUGGUAGGACCCACUUCGAUCUAAGUGGGGCCGCCUUCGGGCGGAUGGCCGCUAACGGCGAACGGGCCCAGCUCCGUAACAAAGGGGAGAUCUCCGUUCUGUACCGAAGGACACCCUGCAAAUAUCCUGGAAAGAAUGUUGCUUUUCAUGUGAACGAAGGGUCGACAGACUACUGGCUUUCACUUUUGAUCGAGUUUGAGGAUGGUGAUGGAGACAUUGGAUCUAUGCACAUCAAACAAUCAAGUUCUAGUGAAUGGCUAGAGAUGAAGCAUCUAUGGGGAGCAAAUUGGUGCAUAAUUGGGGGACCCCUCAGGGGUCCCUUCUCGGUGAAGCUCACCACGUUGUCCACGCAAAGGACUCUCUCCACAAAAGAUGUGAUCCCAAAGCAUUGGUCUCCAAAAGCCACCUACACCUCUCGCCUCAACUUCGCAUGAUUUUGCCACACGCGCGCGAAGCUAAUUAAAUUAGCCCCUUGGAGUACUGCAAAGGCAAUGCCAAGGCUCAUUAUAUAAAUUUGUAUGACCUUCUGAUAUAUAUAUCCUUUGUAUUUGGAAGUUUGUACGUAAUAGUUUGUAGUGAAGGGCUCAGUGAUUUGUACGUUGUUGCCCUUGUAGGCUUGUAGCCCUCUCCUAAGAGGAGAGAGAGCGCCCUCUUAAUUUGUCAUUUAAUUAUGUGAGCUCUUUUGUGUUUGUGGUUUAAGUGAUUGUUUAAAAAAAUUAAUAAUGUUUGGAAAAUCUUCAAGUUA